GGCAAUAUUGCAAGGGGAUCUGAUUAUCUUUUCUUCCUCCAACUCGCCCCAACUUAAAGUGAACAUUAGACAAAUUGGCAAGGGGCGAAUGAAGAUAAAGUAGCAGACGACACAGUUUAUUAGUCCACUUUCGUCAGAAUUUCGGAGGCGGGCUGAAUACUUGUGUUUUUUCAUGUGCACUACUUUUAUCUGGUUAUACCCCAUGGCUAUAAUCUGCUGAAGUAGUGCUUUUGCUCCAAAAUGGAUGAAUUUGCUCGGAGAAAUCUGAAGGAUUUUUUGACCAUGUACAACCAGUUCACAGAGCUUUGUUUCAACCACUGUGUCCAGAAUUUGAAUUACAGGCACUUAAUACCAGAGGAGGAAGUAUGUGCCAACAGAUGCGCGGAGAAGCUGAUCCAUGUCAACCACCGUCUGAUCAGCACCUACAUGGAAAUCAACCCCCUGCAUAAGCAGGCCGCUGCCCUGGAGGCUGCCCAGGCAGAAGCAGCAUCUUCCCCCAUGGGGGAACCCCUCAAUCUGGCUGGCCAGGUGCAGAAAGUCUUUGGCCCGGACGCGGUGGUGACAGAUGGCAGCCACAUUGCAAUACCCGUUGAUGGGACCCGGACUGCUGAUGGGGAAGCAAGGGACGUACAAAGUGCUGGUGUGAUGGAACCUGGUGCUCACAUACCACAGGAUAGUCAAGUUAAUGUGGGUAUAGAAACUGCAGCAUCAUAGCAAAAGCGACAAGGAUUUUUUACGAUGUUUAUGCAAACUUGAUUAGUAACAGUUCAAGUCUGCCACCAUAGAACAACUAGGACACGUACUAUCGGGUGGCCAACAUGCAAGUGUUGGUUACUGAACACUAACUGGCCUUCACAUGUCUGGUCUCAUGUCUAUCAUAUGAUGGUAUCAGGUACAUCAACAUACUGUAGAUGGACACAGAACCUGCAAUCCUGCAUCAGUGCCAGUUCUUUAGCUUAAAGGAAAGGGUACCCUGUUGAUUCCUUCUAGAAUAACAAGCCUGAAGUUAGAACUUGUAAACUUGA